UCGUCGUUCGUUGUAGACCGUGUUUUUGGAGCGUCGCUCUUCGCUUCAAUCCGGAGUUCGCGCGUGUUUACUGCCAGCGUUUCCGAGUGCUUGUGCUUGUGCUGUGUGGUGCCUGUCCCCGAAAUUGGGGAAUAAAUAUUAUUACAAAUAAAAGCGCAGUAUGCAGUGUCAGAAUCCAGUGCAACAGCUUCGAUCGUUGAAGCCAGAUUUGGGGCCAGAGUGAAAUGAAAGCUGGCAAAAGUGAAACGCCCACCAGAAAAUUUGCGUGGUGGUAUGCUCUUGAAAGAAUCUAGCCAAACCACUUGGCAAAUUCCACAUACACAAACAAGCAUACACACCCCGAUAUAGAAAGAGAGAGAAGGAGAGAGAGCGAUCUAUCCAUAGAAGCGAAAUUUCACCAAGAACAGGCCCGGCCUGCAGCUUGGCAGCUCUUUGACUGUGGCUGGAGCCCUAGCUUCCAUCCUUCGUUAACAGCGCUCCCUGGGGGCGACAUUCCGCAGCUAAACAUCGAUCUUGGCAGAGAGUUUACAUCGUUACAGCCUUGUGGAUUAUAUUGGCUAUGAAUUUGGAUGGCACGGGGCCAGCAGCAGCAGCUGCAUCAUCGGCUUUGUGCCGUUUGCUGGCAACCAAGUAGCUGGUAGACCGCAGCAGAACGUCACCACAGAUGUGGUCCCCAGCCAUGGCCAUGGCCAUGUCACCUGUGCGGGAUCGCUGCGAUCUCAAUGGGAAUGCAACGAGUGCCGCGAGUGCCGCGAGUGCCGCGAGUGCGGGUGCCACAAGUUCGCCGCGUAAGACAAAAAAGACAAUUAUCAAUUGGCUGGUGAACGGAUCGCGAGCAGCCGCCAGUGCCAGUGCCAGUGGCAGUGCCACCGAUAGCGACAAUAACAAUCGCCAAUCAGUGCGCGAUAACCCCACACUAGACGAUAAUCAAAAUCCGAAUCAAAACCAAAGCUCCAAUUGCGAGUCGCGGGCGUUUCGCGAUUUCCGUGGUGUCCAAACACUUCGUUUGCUGUGGAGCAAACGCAUCAAAAGCGCCAGCGAGGAUCAAACGGUUGCAUCAACGUCAUCGUCGUCGCGCGCCUCCUCGCUGGGCACCCUGCGCAAGCUGAACAAAUCCGUCAGUUGUCUGGUGAACGCGUUCAACAAUCCCUCGCCGGAAAAGUCGCUGGCAAAACGCGCCGCCAGUCUGCACAAUCUGCAGGACGCCGCGUUGCAGCAGCAGCAGUUGCAGCGCGAAAAGGACAAUUUCUACAAGUACAAGAACGCGGAGCAGGCGCGAAUGCGUGGCAAGCUGCGACGCAGCAGUGACGAGCCAACGGUUAUAAACGCACACAAAAACGCGAGUGCCUACGCGACUAAAAACGCGAGUGCGACUUUAGUCGCGAGCAAAUGUGACGACAGCAUGCCGCCGCUUCCACCUGCCAGCAUUGAGUGCAAUAUGGAAUCGCCAGUUCCGCGGCGAUUACCAGAUAACGUUAUCUCCGACAUGGAAGUGGGUGGUAAACAGGCGGACGAGGAGGAGCCGGAGGAGGAGGAGGAGCCCGAAUCCAUUUACGAACCCAUCACACCCUCUGCCUUGCCUGCCAUCGAAGCCAAGACUGAAGCGCAGGCCUCGAGCCUGUUCAAGAUUGUGGAUAUCCAAAAGUCGGAGAUCAUCGAGGACAUCUACCAGACCGUGGAGGAGGCAUCCGCAUCCGCAUCCGCAUCCGCAUCCGCCUCAGCUGCCUGCGUCAAGCCCAACAUUUGGCUGGAGGGCUACGAGUCCAUAGAGGGCUCCUGCGAGGCAACGCCACCAGAUUUCGAUGGUUACGAGUCCUUUGCACCGCCCACACCCACACCCACAUCAAACCCUGAGGACACACUGCCCUUGUCCACACCAUCUCCUGGAACUCAUGGCGGCACACUGGGCAGGAAUACACGCGAUGAGCUGCCAGAGCUGCCGAAACCAAAGCGAGUGCUGCCAAAGUCUCCAACGCUGCUGCGACCAGCGCCACCGAAGCCAGACCUGACCAAGGAUGAGGAUGAGGAUGAGAACAUCUACGACACCAUCAAGGGCUGCUACGAGUCGAUGCACACCAAAGUACCAGCCAGCAGCGGCAGCGGCACCAUCUCCCUGGGUUCCAACUGCUACGAGAGCAUCUCCCACUACCGCAAGACAAAGACAACGCCAACAGCGACGGGUACCUGCAUCCAGCUCUCCAGCAGCGGCUCCACCCUGACCAUCUCCUCGGACCACAAGACCAACAGCCUGUACGAAUCCUCAUUGGCCGCCACCGGUUGUGUGAUGUACGGCAGUGCCAGUGUCGGCUGCCGCUCCUCCCUGGGCAGCGGCGGCAGUGCAUCAUCGAGUGGCGGUGGCGGUGGCGGUGGCGGCAAGCGGGCGGGUGACAAGCGUUCCUCCAUAGCCGGCUCCAGCGACAACAGCGAUGCCUGGGUGGACAUAUCCGAUGGCGAGGGAGCAACAGCAGCGACAGCAGACCGCCUGGAGGCGGGGCCGCCGCCCACCGAGGCACAGUUUGUUGUUGUACGGGAACGCUUCAAGCCGCAUCGUACCCGCAGCCCGGACUGGUCGAAGCGCAUUAGAGACAAAAGACUGCAACAAAAGAAGGCGAUAAGCUGCAUAGAGGUGCUCAACGAAUGGAAUUCUUUCUAUUAUCCGAAUGGGAAUGUUUCUCUAUUUAUUAUAUCCACGUACAAACGUUUCAGCAGCGCGUGA